AUGCCCUGUCUGCAACCUGAGGUGCUGGAGUCCAUGGAGUCCGGGAGCGCGACUUCUGCCAGGGUGUCAACUGCUGCCACCGCGGAGACAGAAGAGUCCCUCCGCACGGUAACCGAGGAGAGCAAGCCGCUGACGAUGAAGGGCAUGGGCUGGUUCUUCUCACCGCUGUGGAGCCCGCGCUCCAAGACGCGUCGCAGGAGGUUUGAAGACGGCAUGAAGGGCAACCAAGUGGAGGCAUGGCUGGAUGACCACUCCGACUUUACCAGGGCCUACUUUUUACGCAGAGCUUCCGCGGCCAUUGCUCCACAGACAGAUGUGUCCCAUCUGCAGCCCAGGAUACCUAAAAGCAACUCGGACCACUCUUGCCUGCAGAAAGCUCUGCACCAUCGCAGAGGUUCCUCACCUCUCACCAACCCACACUUGAACAUUUCCUACACAUCAGACAGGCUAAAACCCCUCGCUUCCCACCACGUUGCCUCUGAGUGGAUCGAUUCCUUCACGCCGGAUGUGAUGGGGUGUCACUCCCCUCUCUCUCCUCGCUCUUCUCGCUUCUCCUUCUCCCCAUGCCCCCCUCUUUCUCCCAUAUGCCCAGGUUCCCCUGAGUUACCCCACUUCCCUCUUCAGCCUCAGUGUACCACUGCCCCAUCACCUGCAGCCUGCGGAAAUGGCGAGUGCUGCCCGUGGAUGAGGGGGCUCAUGAGAGGAGGUCUCAGUUGGAUGGGUUCUGUCGCAGAGCUCUGCCUCGGGGCUGUCCUGCAUGCUGGGGAGCUGCUGGUGGCUGAGGGUUGCUGCCUCUCCUUGGUAAAGAAAGACUCUAGUGGAAGGAGCACGUUGGAGGAGGCGGUUGCUCUGAUGGAGUUGGGGGGCUUGAGUGAAGGGAAUCUCUGCAGCCAUGCACACAUGGAGCUAGUGAAGGGCAUCAUGGGAUGUGUGCUGGCUACAGGGUCGCCAAUGAACCUCAGAGAAGUAUCAGAGGACCCCCGGUUUGAAAUAGAUGAGGAUCAAUCAUCAAAAAUCAGGACUCUUUUGAGUAUUCCCAUCAAGAACCACAGAGAAGAGGUGGUUGGCGUGGUGGUUAUGCUCAACAAGAGAAACAGCUCUGACGUAUCAGUUUCUGUUUUCACCAACAUGGACGAAAAGGUGCUGUCCAACCACAUGGAUGUGUUGGGGAUGGUUCUGGAUAAUGUCCAGUUAUAUGAGAGCUCAAGACAAGAGGCCAAACGCAGUCAGGCCUUGAUAGAGAUGGCGCAGGUAUUGUCAAAGGAGCACCAUUCCUUUGAAGUUCUGCUGAGCAAAAUGGCUGCCACCAUCAUGCCCUUCACACGUUCGCAGUACUGCACAAUCUUCAUCCCCAGUGAUCAAGACGAGGAUUCAUUCUCCAGAGUGAUCCACCUGGAGUGUGAAGAGCUUGGAUCUUCCUGCCAGAUCUACAGAAGGGAGCAUGACGUCAGCGAUAUUGACCAGUCAUAUGCCCUCCGAACUCUGCUGGCUAUGGAAACACUCAACAUGUUUGAGAGUUCUGACGAGUCAAUGAAGAGCUUGAUCUGCUGCCCUGUCAGAAAUGAGAGGUCUGAAGAUGUUAUUGCCGUGUGCCAGCUAAUGAACAAAAGGUGCAGAGACUCAGACGAGUUGGAGGCCUUCAACAGAUAUGAUGAGCGCCUACUAGAGGACCUGGCGGUGUACUGCGGCCUGGCUCUACAGUACGCCCAGGCUGUGCAGAUCACUGAGGAGCGCAGGGCCAGUAUUGAGGUCACACAGGAGGUUCUAGCCUAUCACAUCACAGCAGCAGAGCAAGAAAUCCAAGUACUGCAGGAGGCCGAAAUUCCUUCUGCCGAUUCACUGCGUAUUCUAGAUUUCCAUUUCUCUGACUUCGGUCUGCCAGAAGACAUGACCUCUCAGGCCACCGUUCGGAUGUUUCUGGACCUCAACUUGGUGCAGGAUUUUAACAUUGAUUACAAGAGUCUGUGUCAGUGGGUCCUGACUGUGAGACGUGGUUACAGGAACAACGUGCCUUAUCACAACUGGAACCAUGCACUCAGCACUGCUCAGAGCAUGUUUGCUAUGCUCAUGGCCACAAACCAACUCCAGAUUAUUUUCUCCCGUUCAGAGAUUUUAGCGUUGAUGAUAGCCACGCUGAGUCAUGAUCUGGACCACAGAGGAGUCAGCAAUUCAUACAUAGAGAGGAGUCAGCAGCCUUUAGCUCAGCUUUAUGGACACUCUUCUCUUGAGAACCACCACUACAACCUGUGCCUCUUCAUCCUAAACAACACUGGGAGUCAGAUUCUCAACGGCCUCUCUGCAGAAGAGCACAGAUCGGUUCUACAGAUGAUCAAAAGGGCAAUCCUCGCCACAGACCUCACCGUCUACAUGGAGAGAAGAAAAGAGUUCUUUAGCCUCUCUAAGAAAAGAAAAGUGAACUGGAAGAGCGAGAAACAGAGAGAUUUAUUGAGGUCGAUGCUGAUGACAGCCAGUGACCUCUCUGCUAUCACGAAGCCUUGGCAUGAACAACAAAGAAUCGCCAACCUGGUUUCCAUGGAGUUCUUUGCACAGGGGGACAAAGAGAAAGAAGAGUUCAAAAUCAAGCCUGUUGGCAUCAUGAACAGAGAGAACAGUACUCGUCUGCCAUACAUGCAGGUUGAAUACAUUGAUGACAUCUGCUACCCACUCUACAAGGCUGUGUCAACACUGUUUGACUCCUGCUUCCCACUAAUGCUCGGUUGCAAAAAGAACAGAGAAAACUGGCUGCUUCUUGUUAAAGAAGCGGAAGAAGAAAGUGAAAACAGUUUUUGUAGCAUUCCUCUGGAAACACAUGGAAACGACGUGGGGAAGUUGCAGACUGAGGAGUAGAAGACCGGACAGAAGAUUGUUCUUCUUUUGGAAACUUCAUCACUAAAUACAAACCUGAUACCCACACAUCAGAGCUUUGUCUGACACUACAUGUUAUAUAUGAUUUACAAUAUUCUUGUACAGUAAUGUGAGCCAUGCUGCAUGAUGUUUUGGACUUUUCUGAACUCUGUAAUGAAUGUAAAUGUUCAAAAUCAUAAAGACAUGUUUGUGUAGCCACAUCCAAUCAAACCAGAAGGUAACUUUUUGUGAGUGGCUGUUGUCUGCCCUGGUUUGUCAUCAGAGUAGAUAAAGAAAUAAAGUUUCUUAGAUAACUUUUA